AUGACUAAGUUUUCAUGGAUUCCAUUCAAAGAAUUUAAAAAUCCUACAAAAAUAGCAGAAGGUGGUUUUUCGACAAUUUUCAAAACAUCUUGGCUUAGAGGAAGAACACAAUUAGAUGUAGUAUUAAAAUUAAUUCAUAAUUCCAGCGCUUAUCCAAAAAUGUUUAUCAAUGAGUGGAUUGAUUCAAUAGAGAUUGCAAAACAGUUUUUGGAUGCUGACGAAAUUAUGCAAAAAUAG